AUGUCCAUGAGCAUUACAGAGGCUGGAAAUAGUCCUAACGGAGAGGUUGUGCGAUCUGGGCGGAAGAGGAGAAGAAACAAGGGGAAGCAGGUUGUUAAAAACAUAUUGGCGGAUACAGAAACCAAACAAUUUGCUAAUAAAAAGACCAUAUUCAACGAUGAGGAAAUUCCAGAACCGGUUGCAGAGAAUGAUUUACCGGCUAUAGCGAACGGAAUAGCUCAUAAAAACGAUGAUUCCAGUAACAGCAGAUCUGAGGAGAAUCCUGAAACCAUUAACGAGUCACCAAGAAAGAAAACUAAGAAGAUAUUUGAAGAAAAUGGCAGGAAACUGCACAAAAAUACCUCUGAAUCACGGCCAGAAAACGGCCCUAAAAAGGUAGUCUAUAACAGUGACGAAGAAGAGGAUGGUGACGACGAGAAAGGAGAUUUUUUCGAAUCGAAGAAUAUCAGUCGGUUUGAACUUCGAAAACGCAGUGAAGAAUUACUUGCAGUUCGAAAGACAUUGCCUAUUUACCAACACAAGGACGAGAUUAUGAGCUAUUUUGAGAAGAACCAAGUGACUGUUGUUAUCGGAGAAACAGGAUCGGGAAAAUCUACCCAGAUUCCUCAAUUUUUAAUGGGCACAGCAUCUAAGCAAAUUGCCGUCACUCAACCUAGAAGAGUUGCAGCAGCUUCUCUUGCAGCAAGAGUAAGCCAAGAAUACGGCUGUAGACUUGGUGAGGAAGUAGGAUACCAAGUUCGAUUUUCCAAUGUGACAAGUGGAAAGAAGACAAAGCUCAAGUACUUGACCGAUGGUAUGCUCUUGCGAGAACUCAUUCUUGACAGAAAACUCACCAAGUACUCCAUAAUAGUCAUUGAUGAGGCCCAUGAGAGAACCAUACUAACAGAUCUCAUUCUUGGCUUUUUAAGAGAAUUAAUUGUUAAUAAGGAACGCCCUGACUUGAAGGUCAUUGUCAUGUCGGCAACUUUGAAUGCAGACCUUUUCAGCAAAUUCUUCAGCAAUGCACCAAUCUUGCUCAUAGAGGGUAAAAUGUACCCCGUCUCCAAAUACUAUCUUCGAGACAAGUCGGAUGAUAUAGUCGACACCACAAUCCGAGCAAUUGUUCAGGUGAACACUACUGAACCUGAAGGUGAUAUACUAUGUUUUCUUCCCGGACAAGAAGAAAUCGACAAUUGUGUCAGUACAUUAAAUUCUAUUGCUCCUCAUCUUCCGAAAGAAACACCCUUGAUAGAACCAUUUCCGUUAUAUGCUGCCUUAUCGGCCAACCAGCAACUGAAAGUUUUUCUCAAGCUCAAGGGAAGAAAGAGAAAGGUAAUCUUAGCCACCAACAUUGCCGAAACUUCCAUCACUGUGAGUGGAGUCAAGUAUGUGAUUGACUCCGGGUUAAGAAAAGUCAAGGUUUGGAAACACAGUCUAGGGCUCUCUACAUUGUUAACUGCACCAAUAUCACAAGCAUCUGCAGUUCAAAGAGCAGGAAGAGCAGGCAGAGAAAGUGCUGGAAAAGUGUUCCGCUUAUACCUGGAAGAUCUUUAUUUGAACAAGUUACCCAAGCAGCAGGAGUCAGAAAUAUUAAGAAACGAUGUGAUCUUUCCAAUUCUUACUUUAAAGAAACUCGACGUCGAUGACUUGCUUAACUGGUCGUGGUUAGAGCAUCCGGGAAGAAGCGCUAUCUUAAGUGCAUUGCAUACUUUACAUCAACUAGGUGCCUUGGAUGAGCAAGGAAAAAUCACACCAUUGGGUCAUAAAAUUUCAGUACUACCAUUACCUCCACAGCUUUCAGUUGUAUUGUUGGGAGCUAUGGAGUAUGGUGUUUUGCAGCCAGUAAUGGAUAUUGUUGCCUGUCUUUCUGUCGAUAAUCUUAUAUUGACGGUUGGCUCGAGAGACGGCGAAUUGAGAGACGAGGUCAAUUUCAAAAGAAGAAACUAUUGUCCAUUGGGAUCCAAAUUGGGAGAUCUUAUUGCAUUAAAGGAAUACUUUGACGUAUUCUGUGAAACGAAAGACAAGUCAGUGGCUAAAGAGUGGUGCAAAGAAUUACAUUUCAGCUUCAAAGGAUUUCAAAGUGCUUUGAAAGUGAGAAGACAGCUUCUGGAAUAUUUGUUGGCUAUGGUUCGACAAGACCAACUGAUAGAUGAAACACAACGUCAACAGCAACUUCGCAAUCUUCGAGCAAGCUUACUGCAAGAAGCAGACGACAAUUACAAGUCUCUGAUCUUGGAUACAGACUCGAUUCUCAAAUCAUUUUUGAAAGGCUACAUUCACAAUACUGCUGUGGGCAUGCCCGAUAGAUCUUACCGGACCUUAGCAGCAGGUCAAUUGAUCAGUAUCCACCCAUCGUCCAAUCUCUUUGGUCGUGUUAACUUACUGGGAAUAAUGUACCUCGAAUAUGUCUACACUUCGAAGGGCUAUGCUCGAAACUGUUCCGUAAUCGAUCUUGCAUGGUUACAGGAAAUUGCUCCACACUUGUUGGGCACCUCAAAAAUUAAUGUCAAAGAAGAGUAA